UCCCUUGAACAGCUCAGACUCAUUUCUUUAACUGCACGAAGCUGUUGCCAAAGCCAAACCGCAUCCACUUUGUUGAAGGAGGAUUGUAAAAGAAAAAAAAAAAAAAUCCCACCCUGCCUCAACCCUGAAACUAUGACUGACUGCCCGACUAUGAGUCCAGCUGCAGCGGCUCUCUGGCGGAUGGGAAGUUGUGAGUCAGACCUGGAGGACGCGCAACUUUUAUAGACUUUGAAGUCCGCUGCUUGUAACUAAUCAGCAGCGCUCAGUUUAGUCCUUUGACUCUUGGAUUGCGCGUCUGGAGAGCUGUGAUAUUAGACCGCCGUGUGUUUCAGGUUUGGGUCUGUCCCGGGCGUCUCUUAUCGAGAAGGAGAUGGUAAUUCCAUUAAGAACAUGUUUUUGGUGUUUGCGGUUUGCAAUGGAGAAUAAAUGAAAGGGACAUUUAGCGGGAUUAACUGAGAAGACAAUAGCAGAAUGCGGGAGAGGAAUCUACAGAGCAUGUGCAGAAGGGUGCUACUGCUGACCGUCUGUAUGGUGUCUCUCUUGGGACAACUGACUAGCGCAUCAUCACACCGAAGCCACAUAGUACACGUGAAAGCAGGAACCUGUGAGGUAAUUGCUGCACACCGAUGCUGCAACAAGAACAAGAUCGAAGAGAGAUCCCAGACUGUCAAAUGCUCCUGCUUCCCUGGACAGGUGGCUGGAACAACAAGAGCAGCUCCAUCUUGUGUAGACGCAUCAAUAGUUGCACAGAAGUGGUGGUGCCAGAUGCACCCUUGCAUGGAUGGAGAAGAGUGUAAAGUGCUACCAGAUCUUAAAGGAUGGAGCUGCAGUACAGGAAAUAAAGUUAAGACCACAAAGGUUACCCGAUAGUCGUAUUUUUCCAGAAUAAAGAUAUUUGGAACCAAGAUGUUUCUUUGGCCAACACAGUAGGACAUUUUGGAUACCAUGGGAUUUAUAGACUGGCAGAAACCAGGGACCAACAUGGACAUUAGUCUUGGACAUUCCAGUGAACGAAAAGAAUAAACGAAUUAGGAAAUUCACAUGAGACUACAAUGACAAACGGAUUCUUUACUUUUUGUCUAGCAUCAACAGUAGCUUUCUCUCAACUCUGCUGCCCACCAAAUCUCUCUUUGUAUUAUACUUCUAAUGCAACGGAUUUGAACACCCAACCAUGAUGAUAUUUAUUACCUUGAAGACUGGAUAAGACAGUGAAAAACUUACCCUAAAAACCUGUGAUGUAAAACUUUUGUGUCAUGUUCUUGCCACAAGCAUCCCUGGGACUCUUGAUGCAUAGCUCUGUGGAGGCUCUUGUGAGGUCAUAAGCAUUUCGAUUCUUCUUAGCCUUAUGGAGGAGAUUUCACCUCUGUUUCCUUUGGUUGGUUUGAAAAAGUCUGGCCUUUCUUCUUUUUUAGUUUAUUAGGAUGUUAAGUCCACUUUUGAAAGACACUCACAAUGAACACACAGAAAUAAAAAAGUAAUGAAAGGUCAACGUAGCUGAGUUAAUCCAAAAAUGCUUUAACGGUAUCUGUUACUUUCAAAGUCUGGUGACUGCUAAUCAUUACAAAUGUGAAUAUUAUCUCAAUAAAUCUAACUCAAUGAC